AUCAUCUUCUCGCGAACAUUCUUGGAAUUCGAAAAGAGAACUUGGCUAGGGCGACUAAUGUGGCAGUGUCAUGCACUUGUACCAUGGGUCUCUGAAUAUUGAAUCCUGCUACAUAAAACCAUAUCAGUGCAAGACCUCCAAGGGCAAGGUUCAAGUUGUAACUUAUUCUUACCACUCCAGGAUAGUUGGUGAGCCUCAAGUUAGUCCCGCUCGCAGGCUAACACAUUGCCAUGCAUCCCACAUCCUGUGACACUGCUUGUCAUGGGCCAGGGCUGAAACGCACAGCAAUCCAAUAAUAAUACAAGAAUAAGCGCUCGCAGAUCAUAUUAAGUUAGUCCUCAGCACCCACCCAUACUUAUUAUCGCACUUCUCGAGUCUGUCCUGCAAUGUCAUUGUGUGAGCCUGAGGUCACGGCAGUAGAAGUCAACCAGCGGGACCUUGUCGAUAAAGUUCUCGCACGUUAUCCAGAGGAGUUCACAGUGUUCCGAGAACUGUUGCAGAAUGCGGACGAUGCUGGAGCCAAAAACUUCGAUAUUGUAUUUGAAAGUCCACACGGACGGUGUGUGAGUAAUGGGACGACGCCGGAUCUCAAUUCAGCUAAGGUCUUCAAAUGGCUUGUCAAGAAUGACGGUGCCAAAUUUGAACCCACUGACUGGAGGCGUCUGACGAGAAUUGCCGAAGGCAACCCGGAUGAACGAAAGAUCGGUGCAUUUGGAGUCGGUUUCUUCAGUGUGUUUAGCAUCACCGACAAGCCCGUUGUCAAAUCGAAUGGAGAGAUGGUAUCCAUUUUUUAUGCCGGAGACCAGCUCUAUAUGAAGAAAGAGAAAUGUGACUGUGACAAGUGGACUGCGAUCGAGAUAGAGUUGAAGCAGGAGUCGACUAUCCCGCGGAUCUUUGAACUUACGCGAUUUCUAGCAACCUCCAUGACGUUCUUGGCUCAUGUUCAACAUGUUGAGGUCUUUCUGAAUGGCACUCGAUUGUCUUGUUUGACAAAAACUCGGAAUAAGGCUAGUCAGUCAAUAGCCAUUUCGGACCAUAUGCUCAGAACAAGCGGGAGUGGAACUAUGACUAUUGAUUCUGUUGAACUGAUCUCCCAGGAAAUUGAUGUUAUAUUCUUUGAAGAUGCACUCAUUGGAGGUCCAAAGACGCUCGUCGCACGUGCGGAACCUGAAGAAGGUGCAAAUCCAAUGAAAUUCAAAAAUUUCUUUUCAAUAGAGAAAACGUCGAAAUCGAAUGGAAGAAUAACAGCCUCAAAAGUUAUAGCAGCUGCUUCUGAAGCCCCGAGCACCAAAUCUAGAAGCGUCAGAUUUUCAACGAAAUGUUCCAUUUAUUCCGCGAAAGUUACCGUUUCAGCGAAAUCGAGUUUGGAGAAGGGUUUGGAAACCGCAACGAAGAAAAAGCCUCCCAAAGAUUUCCCAUUUGAAAUGGUUUUCUUCAGUAAGGACGAGCACGAUAAGCAGUCGCAAGAAGAAGCAAUGUUUGGAAGCGUCUUCCGUGGUCCUCAAGGACUUUGUCCGCGAUUGGAAGCAGAACACCCCCCUCGAAUCUUCAUCGGGCAAAGUACGGCUCAAACGACAGGCAUGGCUUGCCACAUGUCUGGCCGUUUUAUUCCAACCGUGGAACGAGGCUCCAUUGACCUUGCCAAUGGCCAUGUCUCCAAAUGGAAUGAGGAACUCCUUUACGUCGGAGGUUUUUUGGCAAGGAUGGUUUAUGAUUCCGAGAUGAGCAAAGUAAAGGAUGCGUGGCCGAAGUUGCAGAAACAAGAUGCGGAACAACUAGCACAGUAUGUGAUGAAGUCUUUCGUCUUCCAUGCCUCCACACCCGAUCCGAAGGUGUCCCAAAUUAUCAAGAAUGCAUUCUACACUUGUUCGACAUCAGAUAAAUUCCCGUUCAUAUCUGAUCAAGGGAUUCGGUACACGAAGGACAUCCGUCUGUACAAUCAUCAAUUCGCUCACUUCAUGCGCACCCCAGUAUUCCCAGCGGAACUGCGUCCCAUAUCAACAUCCAUGGCACUUCCUGAAAAUCUCCGGAUCGGAACGCAUACAUUCAAAGAUGUCAUAAAAGAGCUGGCUUCGCGGUGGCUGGAGGAGUCGGAAAUGGCUGCUUGCUUGCGUUGGUGGAGCAAUUCAUUUGGAAACCAGUCUUUGGAUGAACAACAUAAAAAGCGGCGGAAUGAGCUGCUCAAAGUAGCCAAGACACACUCCGGAGGGAAGGAAGUCAGACUCAGUUCCAUCAGCAAAUUUAUCGAUGGACGAAUGCUGAGCGUUCGCCGUCCCGAUGACCCUUUGCCAGACGAUACGAUACCGCCAGCACUUAUACAAAGCCUAAAUUCCUGGAUUCCGGAGGUUUUUGGAUGGGAAGAGAUGUCAAUCAUACACUGGCUUCGACACCUCAAGGACAAUCCGUUAGAUUUAGCGUAUGAUAUCACUCGCACGCCUGGUUUCGCGCACCACGUCCUCAAUGUCCUCGGUAUCCUUUGGCAUUCGCUAGAUGAUAAAAGUCGUUCCGAAGUUCGGGAGAUCUUAGAGGAUAUGACUUGCAUACCCACAACCAUCUCAGAUCGAUCUUACAUGAUGCGUCCCAAGGAGGCAUAUUUUCCUGAAGCCGACGUUUUUCGCGACCUUCCAGUCGUUAGAAAAGAGCUCCUCUUGGAUUACCGCAUAGAGCCGCCAUUGCAAUAUCUGGGGGUGCAGAAACGGUGCGACAUCGAAACAUUCAUUGCCAAGGCGAUGAGCAGUGAUAGAUGGAAUGCCAUGGAUCUGGCGAAGUAUCUUUUUACAUCUGCUCACGAACAUGUGACUCGUGUCAUGGGGAUGAAGAUCUUUCCUUGCAAUAAUGGCGAAAGACGUCAUAUCAGCGAGCUAUUCGCAUCCACAGAAAUAAAUCGAACACUCAAGUUGCACGUAAUCAAUUGCGAGCACUGGGAUUUUAACACCCAUGAAGCGUCAUUCCUCAUUGGACAAGGGUUACACGAAGCUCCUACAAUAGAACAACUCAUCCCUAUUGCAUCCUCCAAGGACGAUCAUAAGGCUAGGGUUGCCGCAUUCACAUCUCUUUGCGGACCAGCGUAUGAACAACUCCUUGAAAAGCACUUCGAUCCGUCAAAGUUCUCUAUGUACGCCUUCAUUCCCGGUAUCAGAGACGGGAGAGCCUGUCAAAUCCCCCAUGGCGAGGUGUUCUCGGAUCCAAACUGGAAAGAGUUGGGCUUUGGUCAUCUGCCCGACCAGUUCAACAAGAAAAAUAUUGCAAAGCUGAAGAUUCGAGAUCGCCCUACCGCCGAGAAACUAUUUCAGGUUCUUGAAUCGACUCCACCGAAAGACCCGCAAACUGCACAGAAGUGGUUCAAGUUUCUUGCUGAGAAAGGAGUUUUCUCAGCAGGAGAAUUCGAAAAAAUCGCAGACCUGAAGAUUGUUCCCGUGGAGGUAGCUUUCGAUCAGCCACAAUCCAGUAAAUCUUAUGAGCCGGUGUCACCUCGCGAGUGCUUCCUGAAGUCAGAAUCAUACCCCGAGGACCACUUCUACCAGCGGCUGUUUAAAUUUGUCGACUUUGGGCCCAGUGCCAAUGCUUUCUUGAAAGCUUGUGGUGUCAAGGAACGUCCUGAGUGCGUCGAUGUUCUCAGAGUUCUCCUGAGAUGUCCAAAAACGUUUCUUAAACUUGCUGGGAACGACCACGAGAGAUACUUAACUGAGCUGCGCCUGAUUGCGGUUGGUCACAAGUCUCUUCCUCGAAAGAUUCACGAAGAAAUGCGCACUGCCUCAAUUUUCUUGGGAUACCGACAAGGAAAAGGCAUUAUUGGCCGCGAUGGAUACAGCCAUGAAGCAGAUGAAUUUGAACUUUGCAAGGCCGAAGAAGUAUUGGUCGCAGACGAUAUGGAAAGUCGUCGCACCUUUGGCGACUGCAUUUUCAUAGCUCCCCAGGAGGAAUUGUUAGAAAGUGAGUGCUUGUAUUCUUUAUUCUUUCUGCUACAGUAUGACAUAUCGCAAGCAGAAUUUUACUCUGAAAUGAAAGUCAAGUCGCUGAGCUCUUGCAUCAAAUACACUGUGGAACCAGGCAAGGAGUUGCUGAACGCCAACAGUGCCCAUACCCUUCGAAACUCUAUCAUCGACAAGAUACCUAUUUUCCUGCACGAAUUCGAUGAACCACGCUUCAGAGAUGGGAUGCGUCUAUUACGUUGGCAUGACGAGAAUCAAUUUUUCGUGCGAGCUUGUCGAAAGCUCGACGUCACGAAGAGAUUAGACUUCCCGAAUGCGACUGCUGGACCUCAGGGACAAAAAGCGCACCCUACCGAACUCUCUGCUGAGACCCAAUUCAAGAAUGACGUGCAUGUGCUAUGGAUCAAGGAGCCAAAGGCCGACAGUUAUGAUAUAGCGGCAGCUCUGUGUCGUCUGCUGUUCUCUACCUAUAAAAAGAAUGAUGUCCUGUCUCUUAUGACUAUCUUGGAUACAGAAAUUAAUGUCCUCAAACGCCGUGGUUACGAUGUCGACAGAAUUCUUUCGGAGUAUCGCGAGAACCUUGAAAAGGCUGAACAUGGGGAAAAUUCUAACAAUGAGGCGCCACCUGUACCUGUGCAAGCUCCCCCAGAAGAUGGAUCCGCGGAAAGUGAAUCAACCAGUGACAAGCCGGAGGUCGUCAGCAAAUUCACGAAGUUUUUACAUCGGCUUCGUAAAGACCCCAAGUUAGGUCAGAUCAAACUCAGUGAGAUAGAAUCCUCCAUCGAAAAGGUGAUGAACGUCAUGAAGGAAGAGGGCGGCGAUAACGACCCGCACAUUAGCAAUCGGGAGCAGGUCGGUGGAGGGAAGAAACGGAAAAACGUCGCAUACUGCGAUGAGAAGAAGGUUGCAAAGACGGAUCUCGAAGAAUGUGAGGGCCAACAUGUCGGGCAGGUCAAAGUCUGGAAGCGAAAGGGAACACUAUUGGGUGUUCCCCCAAGGGAACGCGAAGCCUUUGGGAAUAUCAUUAGCGACCUCGCAAAAGUCUUUUCAACCAAUCAGACACGGUGUCACAUAUUCUUUCACGGCGAGGACUCGAAUCUGAUGGGUUUCAACCGCAAUGAUCAGAUAUUUUUUGGUCUGGAACACUAUAUUCAGAACCACAAAGAUAGUCCUGCUGGAAAGGCUUACAUUGACUGGUAUUAUGUCAUGGCACACGAGAUGGCCCAUGUGCUCACCCCAUACCACGACGAGCAUCACGAGCUGUUGUUUCAAGCGUUGGCGACGAGAUACCUGACUGAGCUCCAUAAUCUGCCAGCCGUGCGAGAGUUGUUCAAGUGCAAAUCUUCAAGUUGAUUACAGUCUUUCUGUUGGACAUUCCGAGGGAUAAUUUAUUGGACCCUAGUCUCGAUUAUCGCUUUCUGCUGUUGACCUCAGUCUAUCCCAAUUUGUAUUGUGCCGAGGCAUCGUGUUCGUCCGUGGGAACUCAUCCUGAAUAGUAUUACAAACUUGCGCUUUGCACUAAUUAAACAUAUUUGCGCU